CUUGAAAUUGUAAUGUUGACGUUUGAAUUCACGUUAACGUUACCCAAACUGGCGGGUAACGUAUUUUCGGUAGUUUUGUUUUUAUGCUGACCGGAAGUGGGGUUGCUAUGACGUGAUUUUGAUGAGAUGUUCAUACACGUUUAGAAAGUUGUAUCCGCGUUGCUUUACGCUGUUAGCUAGCAAUAAUACAACAAAAAGUAUAGCUGAAGAGAUCAUCAAUAAGCUCUUUAGGCUAACCCUAGCCGCACGGAGUUGCCUAGUAUCUAACGUUGACGCUAGUUAGUUCAUGCAUAUCAGGCUAUGUUCUCAAGGCCAGUUAAAGGUACCGUUGGGGGAAUUAUUAAUCGUUAAAAUUAAAGUCUUAAUAGCCAUUUAUAUCUGUGUUUACGUGUAACAGUCGCCCUGUCUUACCCUGUGUGAGAAAUGGAUGCUACUCAGAUGAUCUGUGACUCAAUCUUGGAGUCAGAUGAGGAAGAAAAUGAAGAGGAGAAUAAAAAUAAGAGGGGACCACCAUUGGCUAAACUGUGCAUCUUAAAAAAUGAGCACAUCCCUGAGACAGAGUUACCACUCUUCCUGGGAGAUAAUGUGCUGGGCCGUGACCCCAACACCUGCACCCUGCCUUUGCCAGCACCCUCGAUAUCCAAACAGCACGCUACGAUCUGCGUCUCUGUCUACAGGAGAAGAGGUUGUCACAGUGAAGUGGACGUAGAGGCUUUGGUUUGGGACCUAGGGAGCAUGAAUGGGACCCACAAGGGCCGCUUAAAGCUGACUCCUAAUGUACGCUAUGCCCUCAGUGAACGUGACAGUUUGGUGGUGGCAGACAUCCCAUGUCAGUAUGUGAGCUGCGCUGUAGACACACUCCCUUCUCAAGGGGACAUGAGGACUCCUGUAAGCAGAAAUUCAGGGGUUAAGGCCCCGUUGCCAGAUGCCUCAGGAGAAAAGGGAGGUGACACAAUCACAGGCAGCAAGAAAUGUGUCAACGGUGGUACAAAAACUAGGGUGUCUUCACCUGAUCAGGAGGACACAAGGAAGAAUCCUAUCAGAACCAGUUGCCUGUCCUUUGAGCAAACUCCAACCCAGCCACAGGGGACCCUGGUCCCAGAAUCUGGCUCAGACUCAGACGGAGAAAGAGGAGACAGGAGGCGCAAGGCUUUGGUGUCUGAUUCUGACUCCUUUAAAUCAAGUCCCACGUGUUCAACAUUCCUGAGUCCCCCAAACAAAAUUGUCCCUGAAAGUGAGGAUGAAAGUCCCAUCACACCGUCCUCCUCCACUAAAAAUAGGCCUUACAGACAUGUCAGCUUUAGCAAGGAGGAGACAGACUUAGAUGUGGGGCGACAGCAGCCGAUGAAAAAAAAGGCACUUGCGGUUGUGGAUGACAGUGAAGAGGAGGAAGAAAGGGAAGAAGAAAGAGCAGCGCUCAGAGGGAGAAAGUCUGAGGAAAGUGGACAGCAUGUGCCAGUGAAACAGGAAAGCAAUGUCAGUCUUACAGGAGAAGAUGAAUUGCCUGUAUCCACACCAUCAAUCGUCACAGAUGUGAUCCCUGAAUUUCACAUGGACAGUGACACUGAUAUAGAGGGAGAGGAGGAAGGAGUGGCCUCUGCGGGUCCUGUGACCAUGAAUACAAACCAACAAGCUGAUCAGCCACCAGACACAGCCCAGCUUCACAUGGACAGUGAUACAGAUGUCGAUGAAGAUGAUUACGCCUCAGACCAAGUUCCCAAAUCUGUGCCUUCCUUUGCUGACCACACCAACCCUCCUCAUGUCAUUUCAGUUAUUCGGCCAGAGGGCAUCACUAUGGACAGUGACACUGAUGUGGAUGAUGACGAUGCUCCUGUGUCAGACGCUGCUACAAAAGCAAAACCCACGUCAAUUCAGAGCACACACACAGCUGACUCUGCUCCUUCAACGCAGCUGAAAGAUUUCCAUUUAGACAGUGACACAGAUGUUGACGAGGAAGAAGAAAAGAAACGUGGAACAAAUAAUACAUGCUCUAAAAUAGAUGAAAUUCCCACUAGAUUAGAUAUCACGCCACUUGGGCCUGAAUCCACCCCUCCUGCGCCUCACAGCCUGCAUCCAGACAGUGACACAGAUGAUGAAGCUAUUCCUGCCCCUGCCAUCAGUGAACCCUCGAUGGUGUCUGCUGUCACAGAAUCAUGCACCGCUGCAGACGCAAGAGCUGAUUUGGGUAUUUUGUCUGACAGCGACACAGAUGUGGAAGACGGCUCUCCUCUGGUCAUACCUGUUGCUGUCCCAACCUUGUCAGUGGGUCCUGGUACCACAUCAGAAGCUCUUCAGUCAGAGUCGGAAGCAGACACAGAUGUUAAUCCAGACGACCUCAGAGUGGACAGUGACACAGAUGUGGAAGAUGAGAAGGUGGAUUUUGGAGAGGCCUGUGAGGGCCAGAUUCCUAGCUUGCCCAGAGAAAAUACACCUAGGUUUCUGGUUCCUCUUAAGCAGAACUGCUCCACUCCUAUACAGGUGUCAGAAGGAGAAGUGGAAGACAUGGAGACUCAGGCUUUCCUGAGCCCCUCCACAAGUCCAUUUAGACGUGCGGUAGCCCCUGCUAUAAGACCUAUACCAUUGUCUACUGUCUCAGACAGCCAGGAGGAUGAGGAAUUUGUCGUGGCUGAGACGCAGUCCUUCGUUCUUCAGACCAGAGACUGCCAGGCCAACCCUCCAAAGGACCACACCAUGGACCCCACCCAAGCUUUCGGCCUUGACUCUUCUGAGGAUGAACAAGACAAACAGUCCAGCAGAAGAGGGUCUUUCCAGCUGGGAUCGUCUGACAGCAACCACCUGCAGGCUCAGGGUCAGGGCCAAGCUCUAGCAAUGGAGAGCACCCAAGCUUUUGUCUCUGUAGUGGGGGGUGUGAAUCUGGAAGAUACCCAAGAAUAUGGAGCCAUCUCAAAUGCAGACAGAACCUCCAUGCAGAAUGAUUCAAAUCUGGAGGCUACGCAGGCCUAUGGAGAGAAUGAGGAACCUGCCCGAUGUUCAGUCAUGUCUGCUAAAGAAGGUCAGUUAGAUUUGGCCCUAGAAGCAACACAGGCAUAUCUUUUAGAGCCCUCCACUGAUUCAGAGGAUGAAACCGAUGAAGAUGAAAGAAAAAACACUGCUACUGCUGAGACUCAGGCUUUCGACUUUCCUACUUCAUCUACUCUCGCCAUGGCUGAAACCCGACCAAUGUCUGCCUUUGAGGAGGAGGAGAGUUUGGAUAAAGUAAAUCCUAUUUCCUCUAUACUAGAAGUUAAGCCCACACCACAGAGUGGAACAGAUGAGAGGGAAGAACAUGGGGAGGCAGCUCAACCUCAGAAGAGCCACCUCAGUGAAGCUGUGUCUCUAGCUGAAACUCAGCCAGUGCGUAUAAGUGACGAUGAAGAAAGUGAUGAUGAGUUGAUUCCAGGUCCACGAAUAAGAAAAGCAAAGCCAUUGCAGUUUGGAGAGGAGCAGACACAAACACUCCCAAACUCUGAGCUCUCUGCUGUUGAAACUCAGCCCAUGGGUACAUACGACAGUGAGCAAAGCGAUGAAGAAGACUCAAGUCCAGGUCCUAGAAAAAGAACAGCAAGGCCACAGCAAAUUCAAGAAGAGGAGACACAACCGCUCACUAAUUCUGAGUCCUCCACUGUUGAAACUCAGCCCUUGGAAACAAAAACGGGUCUGCAGCCUCAGAGGGGAAAGGGGAGACAAUCUGAAGCUGGAACCAGUGGCACCACUAUUAGAGGUACACGAGGGACGAGGGCAAGAUUAAGAGAAGCAGAGGAGCAGGCAGAGAGUUCUGAACCUCCCAAGAGACGGACAAGAGGGAAGAAUAAAGCUUUGCCAACUACCAGAGGAAGGAGAGGAAAAGCAAGGCCUGAUGAGGAGGAGAGUGAGGAAGAGGAGGAGGUAGUGCAGGCUAAAGGAGCUGGAGGAAAAAAAUCCAUGAGGGAACAGAAAGAUAAUGAGGAUAAGGAAGAAAGGCUUCAAACGGGGAGAAACAAGCACACUGAAAAAGCCAACCUAAUGAAGGAAGAAGAAGAAAGGAGGAAAGCCAAAUUAGAAAGGGAAAGAAAAGAGAAGGAAGAAAAAGAAAGAUUGCAGGCUAAAAUUGCAGAAAGGUUAAUACUUGAGCGGGAGAAAGCAGAAAAAGAUAGAAUAGACAGGGAAAGAAAGGAACAAGAAGAGCAAGAAAGAUUGCAGGCUAUAAUUGCAGAAAGGUUAAGACUUGCACAGGAGGGAGCAGAAAAAGAUAGAAUAGACGGGGAACGAAAGGAACAAGAAGAAAAGAAAAGAGCUGAUAAGGCACAAAAGGAAAAAGAAGAACAAUUGGGCAGGGAAAGAAAGGAGAAGGAAGAAAAAGAGAGCUUAGAGCGUGAAAAGGCAAAAAGAGAAGAAAAGGAGAGAUUAAAACGUGAAAAGGCAGAGAGAGAAGAAAAGGAGAGAUUGGAGAAGGAAAAGGCAGAGAGAGAAGAGAAGGAGAGAUUGGAGAGGGAGAAGAAAGAGAGGAUAGAAAAAAGAAAGGAACAAGGAGAAAAAGAAAGCUUGCAAAUGGCAAAGAGGGAACAAGAAGAGAGACUUGAGAGGGAGAGGAAGGAACAAGAACACCAGGCGAGACUGGAGAGGGAAGAACGAGAAAGAAUGGAGAAAGAAAAACAAGAAAAAGAGCAAGAAGAAAACAAGCCCAAAACACCCGCAAGAAGUCGAAGAGCAGCCAGAACAACUGCUGCCCCGUGUACAACCGAGCCGGAACAAGACUCAACCGUAUCAGCCAAUGAUGAUGUCCCAGCGAGGAGAACCAGAUCUCGCUCUAACUCAUCCAACUCUGUCAGCUCAGAGAGGUCUGCUUCAAGUGUGAACACCCAGGGGAGCAGGGGGAGAGGCCGAGGCCGAGGAGCAAAGGGGACCAGUGGGCCACCCCAGGCAGCCGUCGUCAGAAGCAGCAAUAGAAGGAGGACGGUGGCUGCAGAGGCAACACGAGUAACAAGUAAUGAGGUUUCUCCUCAGGGAGUCCGUUCUAGGUCCAACUCCACCAACUCCCUCAACUCAGAGAUUUCCAGCUGCAGCGUGAGCUCUCAGGGCAGAGGAAGAGGAGGCAGGCAGCGUGGAAGAGGGAGGAAAACAGAAGCAGAGCCACACUCCAUCCCUCCUGUCAAUAGUCAGAGUGAACUGAAUUUGGCUCCCAAACCUACAGCCAGAGGCAGGAAGAGCAGGAAAGAAGAGGAAUCCUCUAAUGAGGUUCCCCAUGAGGAUGAAAAUGAGAAGGCAGACUCUCAGCAGGCUAGUACCACAAGAGGGCGACGGCGAGCCAAUGAAAAUAGCUCUGAACCUGCUGCUGCAGAUGAGCAAGGCCCUUCUAAUCAGGAGGAGAGAUGUGCCAGUGAAGAUUCACCUCUGCCUAAAAGGAAUGUCAGAGGCCAAAAAGCGGUCAAGAGCGAGACUGUGGAGGCACCAGUAGCUCCUGCAAUCAGUGAUGGAGAUGAGGCUAAAGACAAAAGAAAAGGAAGAAAAAGAGAGUUGCAGGCAAAUAAAGAAGAGGAUUCCAGCCGUAGCGCCAAAGUGUUGAAAGGGAAGGAGAAAGCCCAAACACCAGAGGCAGCAGAGGAAGAAGCAAAUGGUGAAACAAAAGAUGACAUUCCAGUCCAAGCUAAAAGAAGAGGUAGAGCAUCCAGCGCUCAAGCAAAGAAGAACGCAAAAGAUUCUCCCACUGAAGGGCAGGUGAAAGAAGAGCGUGAGAAAAUGGAGGAGGAGACUGUUGAGAGGAGAGGCAAAGGUCGGCCAUCAAUGGUCCAGAAAAAGAAGAAAGAGGAGCAGAGAGAAAGUGGAACAUCUGUUGAACGGGAUCCACAUGUGGAGGCAUCAGAGCCCCAGACUCCAACCAGCAGUGGAUCCCGGAAGCGACAGGCUCCUGUGGACUCCUCACCUGUGGCAAAGACCCCUCGCUCCUCCUCUGCGUCCCCGGCAGCUAGUGGUCGAUUACGAGCUGCCAGCCAGGACUACAAGGUGCUGUUCACCGGCGUGGUGGAUGAAGUAGGGGAGAGAGUGUUGGCUCGGUUGGGAGGCAGCAUGGCUAAAGGUGUGGCAGACAUGAACUGUCUGGUGACUGAUAAGGUGCGCAGGACUGUCAAGUUCCUGUGUGCCGUGGCUAAAGGAGUUCCCAUUGUCACCACACACUGGCUGGAAAAGAGUGGUAAGGCUGGGAGCUUCCUGUCUCCUAAUGAUUUCGUUGUGAAGGACCUGGAGCAGGAAAAGAAGUUCAAUUUCUGCCUGCAGGAGUCUCUGAGGAUUGCCAGCAGUCAGUCUCUCUUACAGGGGUAUGAGAUCCAUGUUACAAAGUCUGUGAAACCAGAGCCAGUUCAUAUGAAAGACAUCAUCUCUUGCAGUGGAGCUACCUUUCUUCCUAAGUUGCCCUCUUCUCACAAGCCUCAGACUGUAGUUAUUUCCUGCGAGGAGGACUGGCUGCUGUGUAGCCCGGCUCUCUCUGCAUCUCUCCCAGUCGUCACGGCUGAGUUUAUUCUCACAGGGAUCCUUCAGCAGAAAGUUGACCUUCAGACCCACACACUCUCUGCCCCUAGAAAUACUCUACAGCCUGCAGGAGGCAGGGGGAGGAGCAGAAAGAAGACUUAGCACCACCAGGGUAUACUGUAAAAACCUGUCGUCUGUGAAAAUCUGCCACAGUGGGGGUUAUCCAUCGCUUAUAGAUUCCCUUUCAAAUUAGAGACCGGUACAAACACUAGUGAGUCAGCUGUUUGUCUGUAUGAAAGACUUGAAAAAUGUAUUGUAACACAUUGUGGAUGUAUUAGCAUGGGUGCAGUUUUACAGUGCUAGCUGUCAAAUGUAAAAAAAAAAAAAAAAAAAAAAGGUUUUUUUUACAUGUACAGCAUCCUGUUUUGCAAGAGAGCGAUGGAAGAAACUACAUUUAAGAAGCUGACCAAAGGGCUGAAGUGUCUUCAAGUUUUCAAAAACCUACUCUCAGUACAGUCUUUUUUUGUUGCAAUUUUACCUUUUGCCUUGUACAUGUAAAAAUGCAGUUUUUAAAGUUGCAAAAGCUAAAAGCGAUGUUGCUGCUAAUCAGGGUGGGGAAGAAUUACCCAUCAACCUUCCUUGUCCUGUCCUCAUCUCAUUCUCCCCUGUGCACCACCCCUCUCUUUCUACAAUGAUAACAAGCAGAGCAGGAAUUUACACUGCUAAAUAGGCGCUACUCUCUAAUGUGCUAGGUGCUUUGGCUAAAUCAGCCAGUUUGGCAGGAAACCAGAUGUGAAGUGGGAGUUGUGUAUUUCAUGUUUGGGUGGUUGAAUAGUGGAACCGACAAGGGUCUGAUUUGAAAUACAUCAGCUGCGAUGGUCAGUGGAAAGAGCUUGUAUCCUGUCCUAAUAAGAAGUGCAUAGUGCCUUUUUUUACCGAGGUAAUCACAAACCCACGAGUGUUUCUUGUUCCUCUGUCUCCAUUAACCACCACCACCUACUCCAUUAAGGCUUCAUCCAAUCCUUUUACUUCCAGGAGUAAGGCCUGAUAUAAAGGCACCUGAAUGCUGAUGCUGCUUUUACAUCAAUAUCUUAUGGUCAUACAUUUAUUUGUUUGUCUAUACAUGCUGUUAAAAAAGACCAGUGUACAGAACUCACAUUUGGUUUCUCUCCUGAUCCACAGUACAUCUUUCAACUAGCUGUAUUGUUUGGUGUUUUAAAGAUGACUCAUUAGCUUGUAACCAAGUUUGAUUUUAGAACUGUCUAAUAGCUAAUAUCUCAACACCAAGUUUGUGUUAGUAUCAAAUCAUGAAAUCUGUCAGUUACCAAUGAAAACAUUAAAUCUUUUCUAUUAUGCUUAA